AGGCCGUGCUGUGGAGGCUCGCGGGCUCGAUGGAGGGCACGCCUUUCGAGGUGAAGGAGGUCGUCCUCCGCGCCCGGGUGCCCAUCCUCCGGCUCGUGCGCGGCUCGCUGGACGUGGACCUGUCGGUGCACAACGCGACGCCGCUGCGGAACACCCGCCUGCUGCGCGCCUACGCCUCCAUCGACGCGCGCGUGUCGAGCCUGGGCCUGGCGGUGAAGCUCUGGGCGCGGGAGCACCACCUGUGCGGCGCGCACGCGGGGCACCUGUCCUCCUACGCGCUGACUCUGAUGGUUGUCUACUUCCUGCAAGUGGCCGCCGACCCGCCGCUGCCGAGCCUGCAGAGGGGCGGCGAGCUGGACGCCGCGUUCGAGGACGACGCCGCGGCCGCGGAGAGGGCCCGGAGCGAGGGCGCCUGGCCGGCGAAGGCCACCGCCGCGGCGCUGUACCGCGGGUUCUUCCGCUUCUACGCCGAUGCCUACGGCUGGGGCCAGGAGGAGGUGGUCUCCGUGCGGCUCGGGCGCAGGAGGCCCCUCCGCGAGUUCCCCGAGCUGUCGAGCCGCCCCGGGCCUGGCCUGCACGUGGAGGACCCCUUCGAGCGGGGGCGCGACCUGGGCGACGUGCUGCGGGGGGACAGAGGCCUGCAGCUCGCGGGCGCGCUGCGCGGGGAGCACUGGCGGCUGCGGGCCGCCGACCAGCCGGGCUGCGAGCGGCAGCUCCUCGCGCGCCUCUCGGCGGGCGCGGCGGGCCUGGCGCGGCCGCAGGGCGUCUGGGCGG